AUGACAGCGCCGUUUCUAUUUCCGAGAUCACAGCCUCGUUCGGCCGUAGCUAUAUUCGCCUCGAUUGUUGUCUUUACGGUGACCAUCACACCACGACCCGCUGGUGCAAGUGCAGUAAGCGUUGAUCCAGAGAGGGACAGGUCGUCAGCAGAUACAGGUAUUGGAGCUCGUCUCCCGUUUUUCUUGUCACAGAACAAGCGACCGGUCGGCUCAGCAGAAAGAAUUGGAAGAACGGCGAGCACAAAGGGACAAGCGGAGCAGAGUGUCCGCGCGGUCGUGAAACCCUCCACGGUUGACGUCGCAGCAUCACCGUCAAAACCCACCGCAGCUGGUGCCUGCACAAAUACCGCUUUGGUGCCCACAACCUGGUCCACCUUCUUGCUUCACACACUGCAACUGGACUGGCUUUUCGAUCUCGACUUGAAGUACAAAGAAGCACAAGAGGCGGCUACACAGUCUGUGAGCGGACCUUCCUUGAAGACCCUCUCGUCUUCAGGUGCACCUCCAGCAGAAGGAGAUCCGACUUCCGCCGCACUGAAAAUUUCGUCUGCCAUCCUCGAGAAACUGGAGCCCGAGGCCAAUGAUAUUCCCGACGCGCAUCGGAACGCGUCGGAGCUGAUUUUGACCAAGGGAUACCCCUUGGAAUUUCACAAGGUUACCACGAGCGACGGGUACAUCCUGACACUGUUUCGGAUUCCGCACGGAAGGGUUGAGCAGCAGCAGAAAGAGGAGGAAUACAAGCGCAAAAUAAACAGCGAGGAACUUCUGCGUCAGAGAAGCGCAAGCUCACCUGUAGCAGCAGCACAGCACCAGCUAUUACAUGACCGAAAUACGACCUCCACAUCAUCUACUCCUUCACAAAAAAACGGGGUCCCUACUACGACAAGCAGGACGACGAGGACCACGGGCGCUACUACUUCAACAGACACGACGAUCUUCUCUGCAUCCAGAACAGCCACCCCUAAGCCCCCAAUCCUGCUCCAGCACGGGCUGCUUGACAGUUGCGCAACGUGGUUGGUUAUCAACGGCAAAUUUGUCUGGGUCUGGAAGCUUGCGAGACUUGUCAUGCUUGUCUGGCAUGACCAAAAAGUUUGUGAUGCGUGUCCAAAGAGAGACCCUUUUGCCUGUCAUGCAAAGACGCAGUUUGUCAUGCGAGAAACGCAACACAAAGAAGCGCAGAUAUUUCUCAUGGUUGGCUGUGCAUUACAGGGCAUUUACUAUUCCCAACGCAGCAUUGCAAGUUUCCAGACCCAGAUAUUUUUGCAUUUCAUAUUGGUCAACGAACCGGAUGAGUCGCUCGCGUUUAUCUUGGCAGAUCAGGGUAUGGAGAGAAAAAAGUUUGUCACUGUCACUAACUUGCGGGCUUUGCAUUACAAAUUUUUUUAGCAUCACAACUUUCCUCUGUGUUGCAGAAACACUAGGGAAAUCCCUAAGGAAGUUUGGCUGUGAUGCAUUUUUACGCAUGACAGAAAGUUUUGUAUUGCAAAAAUGCGCAUGAGUGAUCGUGACGAACUUUUUUUGUUUGAUACAGGGCUUUGAUGUCUGGCUCGGCAACACCCGCGGCAGCACCUGGAGUCUCGAGCACGUGAAUUUGACCACCCAAGACUCGAAGUUCUGGGACUUCUCCUUUGACGACAUUGCGCUAUCCGACACCCCCGCAGUUGUAGAUUACAUAAUUGCGAACACCCGGCGGGGCGGGCGCAGUAACGAACAUGAUUUGAUGACUUCCGGCUCCGCCUCCGAAGAAGAGGAAGACCACGAUCCUAAGGAGCUUGAAGAUGAUCACAAGCUUGGCUACGUCGGGCACUCGCAGGGCACUCUGCAGAUGUUCGUCGCCCUGUCGCAACUUGGCCCGGCGUUCGCGAAGAAAAUCCAGCACUACUCUAUGACCUGCUCAAACGUUACAAUGUCAAACGUUACAAUAGAGUGUCGAAAUCUGUGAUGCAAGAGCGCAUGAUCUACCCAACUCUCAUAGGAUUGCGCAUGACAAGUUCCGGAGCCCCAAACUCCACUACAAUCUGGCGAAAUUUGUGUUGCAGAAAGUGGAAUGGUCUGCGAGUCUUUCAUGCUCAUUAUGCAAGACAAAUCCCAGGCUUUAUUGUAACGUUUGAGAUUGUAACACCUGAGCGGGUUAUAUACUCCGCCUUGGCGCCGGUCGCUUCCGCGGCCAACCAGGCGUCGCUGCUGGUCGGUUCUCUGAUCGCGCUGCACAUUGACCAGCUGUUCGUAUCAAGUGUAAAAAUGUCUGGGUCUGGAAGAAUGCGCGACUUGUCAUGCUGCUCUUCCAUGACCCAUGAGGUCUGGAAUGCCGGAGCUAGCAUGACAGAUUCUGCGAGAACUUUCUAAUGCCUAUCCUGCAUGAGAAACCACCUCCCGACUUGGUCAAAAUUGGGCGACUUUUGGUAAGCAUGCAACACAGAUUUUUGCAUGCUGCAGAUUUAGCAUGACAAGUUGCAAUCUUCCAGACCCAGACGUUUUUAUAUUUGAUAGUUCGAGCUGUUCGGCGACCGGGCGUUCCUCCCGAAUCAACCCUUGUUGCACUGGAUAGCCGGGUAUGCAGUGUGAAUGUGUAAUUUGGGAGGUCUUGAAGUUUGAUUCUAGAUUUGUCAUGCUUGUUUGGCGUAUGCAUACCUUUCAGCUUCGUCACUCACGUCCACGAGGACGGGCAGCUUGUUUUCCACCCUGUGAUGCAGGAAAUAACGCAGAAGUGCUGUCGCAUGCUCAAAAAGUUGGCAUACUUGGUAGUGCGCGUAUCAUAAUGAUUCACAAACCAGCAAUGCAAGCUUCUCGACGGUAGACCAAAACAUAAUUUUCUGUGGAUACUGGGCCGGUGUGCGAAAGCUAUCCCGCGGUGUGCGAGGACUUGCUGUUCCUCAUCGUGUACCCACCGCAAAUAGGUCUGGGUCUGGAAAAGUGGAAUCUGUAUUGCUUGGCUUGCAUGCCUCUGAAAGUGUUGCAUGACUACUGCCAAAAGCGCGACCUUGUCUGUCAUGUAAAAGCGCAGCUUCUAUUGCGCGCUACCCAGGGUGACAAGGCGGCGCAGAGAUUUGUCAUGCGUGGCUGCGCUUGAGAGCAGGGUGCUCAAGCAUUACAAUCGAGCAUCACCAGACACAUUUGCAAUGGACAUCGUCGGCAUGGAUUCGGACCCGACCGCAAACAUGAACAAGACUCGUGUCCCAGUAUGUAUUGCAAAAGCAUCGAACGUAGAACAAAUUACAUUGCGUCGCACGUAGAAGAAAAAAUGGAAUUUGUACAUUCUGAGAAGAUCAUUUGUGAUGCAAUACUAGCCUUAUCCCGCUUCCCGUGUCCAGUAACCUGCUGACUUAAUAGUAUUCCGCUAGAUGAAUAGUAGCACUCAGCGUCUCUUUGUGGAGAAUCGUUGUCGGCGCUUCAGCACAGGGAGGCCCAUCCGCCGGCGAUUUUCAAAGCGGGAGAACGGCUUUGGCACGAUCCGGCACCGGCCGGCGCGGCGGGCAGGUUGGCCUUUGCCGUCAUCUUGCAUGCUGGCACCGGCGGGGCCGCGAUCUGGCGGCGGGGGGCGGGCAUGGUCGGGCACCGGCUCGGCGAGGGCCCGACACCGGCGUGGCUAGGGUCCGGCACCGGCUUGGGCAUGAUCGGGCACCGGCACGGCCAUGACCCGGCACCGGCGUGGCCACGACCUGGCACCGCCUUGGCCAUGAUUUGGCACCGACUUGGCCGCGGCCGGGCACUUGCAGGCAUGGCCAUGAUCCCGCACCGGUUUGGCUAUGCUCGGGCACAGGCAGGCAGGCUUGGCCAUGAUUCACCUGGCACCGGCUUGGCCACGACCUGGCACCGCACCGGCUUGGCCAUGAUCUGGCACCGGCUUGGCUUUGUCAUGAGAUGAUCUGGCCCCGGCUUGGCCAUGAUUUGGCGCCGGCUUCGGCUUGGCCACGACCCGGGGCCGGCUUGGCUUUGCCGUGAUCUGGCACCGACCGGCCUGCUUCGAGGCUUCGCUGCUUCGGGGCUUCGCUCCCUCGAGGCUGCGCCGCUUCGGGGCUUCGCUGCUUCGGGGCCUCGAGGCUUCGCUGCUUCGAGGCUUCGAGGCUCUCCUGCUUCGCUGCGUCGAGGCUUCGCUGCUUCGAGGCUUCGCUGCUUCGAGGCUUCGCCGCUUCGAUGGUUCGCUGCUUCGAGGGUUCGCUGCUUCGAGGGUUCGCUGCUUUGGGGCUUCGCUGCUUCCUUCGGGGCUUCGUUGCUUGUUCGAGGCUUCGUUGCUUGUUCGAGGCUUCGCUGCUUGUUCGCGGCUUCGCUGCUCGUUCGAGGUUCGCUGCUUGUUCGAGGCUUCGCUGCUUGUUCGAGGCUUCGCUGCUUGUUUGAGGCUUGGCUGCUUGUUCGAGGCCUCGUUGCUUGUUCGCGGCUUUGCUGCUUGUUCGAGCGAGGCUUCGCUGCUUGUUCGGUGCUUCGAGGCUUCGCUGCUUCGAGGCUUCGCUGCUUCGAGGCUUCGCUGCUUCAUCGAGGCUUCGCUGUUUCGAGGCUUCGCUGCUUCGAGGCUUCGCUGCUUCGAGGCUUCGCGGCUUCGCGGCUUCGAGGCCUCGCUGCUCCGAGGCCUCGCUGCUCCGAGGCUGCGCUGCUUCGAGGCUGAGCGGCUUCGAGGCUUCGCUGCUUCGAGGCUUUGCUGCUUCGAGGCUUUGCGGCUUCGAGGCUUUGCGGCUUCGAGGCUUCGCUGCUUCGAGGGUUCGCUGCUUCGAGGGUUCGCUUCUUCGGGGCUUCGCUGUUUCGGGGCUUCGCUGCUUUGGGGCUUGGCUUCGCUGCUUCGGGGCUUCGUUGCUUGCGUCGGGGCUCCGCUGCUUCGAGGCCUCGCUGCUUCGAGGCUUCGCUGUUUCGAGGCUUCGCUGUUUCGAGGCUUCGCUGCUUCGAGGUUUCGCUGCUUCGAGGUUUCGCUGCUUCGAGGCUUCGCUGCUUCGAGGCUUCGCUGUUUCGAGGCUUCGCUGCUUCGAGGCUUCGCUGCUUCCUUCGGCGUUUCGAGGCCUCAUCGUUUCGAGGCGUCGCCGCUUAGAAGCUUGGGCACUUUGUCUGCAUUCCAUUGUUGUUGUUUUUCGUUUCUAUUCUUUGUUUUCGUUUUUUGUUUUCAUUCUUUGUUUUCGUUUUUCGUUUCCAUUCUUUGUUUUCGUUUUUCGUUUCCAUUCUUUGUUUUCGUUAUUCGUUUUCAUUGUUCGUUUUCGUUAUUCGUUUUCAUUGUUCGUUUUUAUUGCGGGAUACUAUUAAAUAAUGGGUUUUCUGACUUAUAACUAGUCAUGGUAGAGAUUGCAAUAAUUACCACGAGCAGUGCGUCGAUACUUGCGCAGUCCAUAGUCGGUAAUGGUGUACAACUCGCCUGGUGGAACCUCGGUGAAAAACAUGGUCCACUGGGCGGAUCUGGUCCGAUCCGGAGAACUGCGGAAGUUUGACUACGGGCCAAUCUCGAAUUUGUACCACUACGGCUCGCUUUCGCCGCCGUCCUAUGACGUGGAAGGAAGCUUGAAGAUAUCCUGUGCAAAAGUAUCGUACUCGUACAAGAAAUGCAAGUCUUGCAUUACAAAUCUUGUUUCCAAGGCAAAUCUGCAGUACAAAUUUUAUUUCUCAUGCUGAGGAAAUUUGUAGUGCAUUUAUACGAGUACGAUACUUUUGCAAUGCAUAGAAGAAGCUUCUUGACGAAAAUCCGGAGGUCAAAUAUGAAUUGCAAUCGCAAAAGCGUCGGUUUUUUGUUUUUCAACUACGAUUAAAUGAUUAGCAUUGCCCAUGAAAAUUGCCAUGCUCUUUUAGCCUGGAAAAUUGUAUUUGUCGUGCAUGACAGCGAUCUUUUAGUACGAGGAGCACGAAGAUGCUUUUCCUUUUGCAAUGCAUAUAGAGCGAGACUUGACGAUUUCCCUUUAUUCCGGGGGUAAGGACGCGCUUGCCGAUCCGAAGGACGUGGACAAAUUGAAGAAAAUGCUGAAAUCUGUGGACGCGAACGUGACCAGAACCGAUUUUCAACCCAGCUACCAACACCUGGAUUUCACCUGGGGCAUGAGCUGCAAGGAAACCAUUUACCCGAUGGUGGUCGAGGAUAUGAGGAGGGCGUUUGGUUUGACGUCUAUAAUCAAGAAGGACUACCAGCAUGCGGAUGAGUAUGAACGACAUGCACGUGCAGGACGAAUAAAAAUAGAGACUCCACCCACUCAACAAGAUGAAGAUGAUGAUUGUGCCACAUCAGACCGCAAGCACACUCCCGCUUCCGACAUGAAGAGAGACCGGGAAACUAUGAAACUCCAGAAUAUGAAUAGCACUCCUCACCAUGCAGAUGUAGAUGAUGCACCGUCGCCGGAAGCUGUUUUAGAUGCUCCCGCUGUGGAGGAGCUUGUAGAGUAAAAGUUGAGGAAUUUUUUAGGAGUGUAGUCGGUGAAAAAAAACUACGUGCCGCCAAGAAAGACUCCGCACGAAGUUGUUGAAAGCAGUUUGCGCAACACCUACGGUUUCGUGUGGUGAACAUUUUUGCUCGAUGACAAGACGCAGCACAAUGUCGACAUGCUCAAACGACAAAUCAAGAUCAU